UAGUCAAACUGGGCAAAAUGACGAUCGACACAACAAAUGAGAGCGACAAUAGUCCAACUAACUCACCAGGAUUGGAGGCCUCGGCUCGGACAUUCUCGCUCAAUGCGUCAAAAAUGGUUCGGAUAACCGACGACUACGCAGAUGAAGUGUUCAUUGAACAGAAUGAUGUCGUUAUCGAGAAGCCUCGUAUGGAUCCUCUCCACGUUAGAAAACUUAUGGAGACAUGGCGCAAGGCUGCUCGCCGAGCAAGAACAAACUAUAUAGAUCCAUGGGAUGAGUUCAACAUCCACGAGUAUCCAGUACAACGAGCUAAACGAUAUAGGUAUUCUGCAAUCAGAAAGCAAUGGACAGAGGAUAUAGUCGAUGUGAGACUUCAUCCGGACAGUUUUGCACGUGGAGCCAUGCGAGAAUGCUACCGACUCAAAAAGUGCUCCAAGCACGGAACAAGUCAAGAUUGGAGCAGCAACUAUGUCGCAAAAAGAUACAUUUGUCAAGUCGAUCGUAGAGUUCUUUUCGAUGAUGUCAGACUUCAGAUGGAUGCCAAAUUAUGGGCUGAAGAAUAUAAUCGGUAUAAUCCACCGAAGAAAAUUGAUAUUGUUCAAAUGUGUGUCAUUGAGAUGAUUGAUGUAAAAGGUUCUCCACUCUAUCAUUUGGAGCAUUUCAUCGAGGGAAAAUAUAUAAAAUACAAUUCAAACUCAGGAUUUGUAUCAAAUGCAGCUCGUCUUACACCACAAGCAUUUUCUCACUUCACCUUCGAACGUUCUGGUCAUCAAAUGAUGGUUGUCGAUAUUCAAGGAGUUGGUGAUCUUUACACAGAUCCUCAGAUUCAUACAGUUGUGGGAACUGAUUAUGGAGAUGGAAACCUCGGAACUCGUGGAAUGGCUCUUUUCUUCCAUUCACACAGAUGUAACGAUAUUUGUGAGACAAUGGAUCUAUCAAAUUUCGAACUUUCGCCACCUGAAAUCGAGGCUACCGAAGUUGCGAUGGAAGUAGCUGCAAAGCAGAAAAAGUCAUGCAUAGUUCCUCCAACUGUGUUCGAAGCAAGAAGAAAUCGAAUUUCAAGUGAAUGUGUACAUGUCGAGCAUGGUAUUUCGAUGGAUCAAUUGAGAAAAAGGAAGACGUUGAAUCAAUCGUCAACCGAUUUGUCAGCAAAGAGUCACAACGAAGACUGUGUAUGUCCUGAGUGUAUUCCAGUUGUUGAGCAACUCUGUGAGCCUUGCUCCGAAGAUGAAGAGGACGAAGAAGAAGACUAUCCAAGAAGUGAAAAAAGUGGAAAUAGUCAGAAAAGUCGACGUAGUAGAAUGAGCAUUUCAACGAGAUCUUCUGGCGAUGAAUCAGCAUCUCGUCCUAGAAAAUGCGGAUUUGUAGAUUUAAACUCACUUCGUCAGAGACAUGAUAGCUUCAGAAGUUCUGUUGGGACAUAUUCUAUGAAUAGUUCUAGACAAACCAGAGACACUGAAAAGGAUGAAUUCUGGAAGGUUCUUCGAAAACAAUCAGUUCCAGCAAACAUUCUAUCACUUCAACUUCAACAAAUGGCUGCUAACCUGGAAAAUGAUGAAGACGUACCACAAGUCACCGGGCAUCAGUUCUCUGUCCUCGGUCAGAUUCAUAUUGAUCUCUCACGAUAUCAUGAGCUCGGGCGGUUCGUAGAAGUUGAUUCAGAACAUAAGGAAAUGCUUGAGGGAAGUGAAAAUGACGCUCGUGUACCAAUCAAAUACGACAAGCAGUCUGCAAUUUUCCAUUUGGAUAUCGCUCGGAAGUGUGGAAUCCUUGAGGCUGUGCUAACAUCGGCUCAUAUUGUUCUCGGAUUACCACAUGAAUUGUUGAAAGAAGUCACCGUUGAUGAUCUGUUUCCUAAUGGGUUUGGAGAACAGGAAAAUGGAAUUCGAGCUGAUAAAGGACAAAAACCUUGUGACCUAGAAGAGUUCGGCUCCGAUCUGAUGGAAAUUGCUGCAGAGAUGGGUGAUAAGGGUGCAAUGCUGUACAUGGCACACGCUUAUGAAACUGGUCAGCAUCUCGGACCGAAUCGAAGAACGGAUUAUAAGAAAUCGAUUGAUUGGUAUCAACGCGUCGUUGGAUUCCAAGAAGAAGAAGAACUUGACUCUGAUUGUGGAAAAACGACAUUCUCCUCAUUUGCUCCACUGACUCGUCACGAGAUUCUAGCCAAAAUGGCUGAAAUGUACAAAGAGGGAGGUUAUGGCCUGAAUCAAGACUUCGAACGAGCAUAUGGUCUAUUCAAUGAAGCUGCUGAAGCAGCAAUGGAAGCAAUGAAUGGAAAGCUCGCAAAUAAAUACUAUGAAAAAGCGGAAAUGUGUGGAGAAUGAUUCUUGAAUUCCCCUUUCUUCAAUCCUCAAUGUAUAUCCUUUUUUCUGGUAUAAUGUACAUUAUUGUUUGUUUUUUUUUUCAUAUUAGUUAGUAUCCCCAUCCCCUACAAUUUUUAGUUUCCCCCUGUCACAGUCCCCGGAUUCAAGGAAAGAAAAAAAUUUCAAAGAUUUUGAAUACCAAAAAAAUUUCGGAUCUAAACAAGUUUUUGGCAUUUAUACUCCCUUUAAACCGUGCGCAUAAUCAUUUUUCUGUUUCUUUCUUUAAAAUUUCCUUAUUCAUCUUUGUUUCCCUGCCAAAGCUGAUUCCGUUCUCGUUCUUUUUUUUUAAUUACUUGUCAAUAUGCUUCAAAGUACGUCGGUUUAAAUAAACUUCAGGUUGUAAA